AUGAGCGAUUCUGCAGGUGGAGGUGGCGGCGGCGGAGGAGGUGGUCCGCCGACAACCCCAACCAAGCAGCCGUUCCAUCCACACGCCCAUCACCACACUCACAACCACCAUAAUCACCAUAGUCACCACAAUAACCACCACCAACACCACCACCAUCACCAUCAUCAUAGUAGCAGAGGCGGUCAGCAGCCAAGCACUCCAACCAAGCAGUACCCACCGUCGUCGUUUGCAGCCAGCUCGCCCGUCGCCGUUGCUGGUACUGCUACUGCGACUGCCAAUGUUAAUGCUGCUGCUGCUGGACAUGGUGGCACGACCACUGCAGCGAUCGCGUCGACUCGGCGGCGCUUCUUGCACUCGUUCGAGCCAGAGUCAGCAGCCUCGGCGUCCAGCAGCGGCGGCGGCGGCGGCGGCACCACGCGGCACUACUUGAAUCCGUCCAUGUCUAUGGGCAGUGUUGCUAGUGCUGGUGGCGGCGGUGCGGACGCUGCAGACGCGGUCGACGCUUCACUCGCGCCACUCAUCUCAGUCUCGUUCGACCCGGCUUCAGCCGCCGCCGCCGCUGCUGCUGCCGCCGCUGCUGCUGCCAUGGCCAUGUCCUCGUCGUCGAGCUCGACCUCGUCGGUGACCACGGGCGCCGUCGGGGCUGGACUGCCGUUCGCGGGCGCUGUCACUACGCCGCCUGCAUCGCUCCAGCAGCAGCCGGCGUCGUCGUCGUCGUCGUCGCAGAGAUUGGUGCUGGACAAUGUGACGCUGAGCGAGAUGCACACGCUGCGGACAUUCACUGUGACGAGCCUGGUCGCAAUGCCCGUGAUGGUCCGCCUCGCUUCAACGCUGGGCAAGCAAAUCCACUUUCAAUCCAACAAUGAGAAUCUGCUGCAGGACGGGUCGACCAAGCCAGUGACCGAAUGCAACGUCCUGUUCAACCAUGUCGACAUUGUCGAUCAAGUCGUGCUGUCGCCGUUUGAAUCAAGGCGGCUCGUGCUGGCGUUCCAACCAGAGGCGCGUCGCGGCGAGGCGUCCAGUAGUGCUGCGGUCGCGGACAGCGAUCGCGAUAGCAUCAACCUCGAGGCAUACAAGUCGUUUGAUAUCUCGGGCAAGUUGCUCUUCACCAGCAGUCUGCUGUUGCCCGACCUGAUUUCUCCAGAGCCCUCCGUGCCGCCAUCGCCAACCAGCAUUUCUGGGUCGUCGUCGUCCUCGCACGCAUCGACACAUCCGCCAUUGCCUAUCGUUGGUCUCAACAGCGACGUGACGGGGGCUCCCGUCAAUCUUCAGUCGGAUACAGUGCCUCGACAACUCACAGUCCGGUUUCGUGCUCAUGUGUGCAAGUCGGUCUUUCGCAUCGAUCUGACCGACCGCGAGCUCGCGUUCGACGACUGCGUUGUGGGCGGGGCCUAUGUCAAGGAGUUUACUGUGUGGAAUCGCUCUGACAUUCCCGUGACCUUCUUUGUGACCGUUUCGACCGAGCGAGGCGAAAGUGUCAUGUGGCAUCCUGGUGUGCCCGCUCUCGAGGGCGCGAGUGCCAAUGCUGACCAUUCGCUCAGCAAAGCCACCACCAGCAGCAGCAGUGCGAUCGGCAGCAAUAGCCACAACAAUAGCACGAACAACGGCGGCGACAGCACGGAGGGAUCGACUCUCUCGGCUUCCACAUCGUCUGAUAACUUGAGUGCAUCGCAAUCGUCCGAGCAACUCAACAGGGAUGGCCAAACCGCGCUCGGCAAGACUUUGGUUGAGCCCACAUCGACCGCGACCCAAAACGCGGGCAUGGGUUCUCGUGUGCGCUCUGACACGGGCUCCUCCUCACUCGGCGACGAGCAGCAACCAGCCCCGGCGUCCUUGCAGCUUGCCAGUGGCUUCCUUGUCGAGUGCACCGAGUACGAAACGGGCCUACCAUUGCAACAAGCGACACUGUUGUCAUUUUCGCAGUGUCGCGUGCGCGUCGCCUUCAAGCCGCGGCAAGCAGGCCAGGCCGAUUUUGUCAUCCUGCUCGAGAAUGCACUGGACUCCAGCAAUACCGCAAGCAUUGCUCUGCACACGCACACCACCCUGAGCAGUCGCGAGACGAGCUUGGAAAUUCUCGGCAAUUCCAAUUUGGAUUUUGGCGAUUGUUACACGGCCAUGCCCUGCAUGCGCAUUGUCACUUUGCGCAACAGCACCGACACAAGCAUGGAUGUUGACUUUCGUAGCUGCCUUUCCAAGGAAAUCUCUGCGCACUUGUUCACGCCCCCUGCAGACAUUUCCGAGCAAGAUGUGGUGCUGGCCAUCAACCUCAUGUCGCAGCAACAGCAAAACGCCCUCGUCCGCGACCCGCUUCCUGCGCUGAGCUCUGCGACCACGGUCGCCCAACGGCAUCGUCGACAACACUUGUCCCAGCUUUUGCUUCAGCUGCUGUCUGGCAAUCGCGAAGAGAGCCAGCGCAUUGAAGAGUGCAACAUUCCACCCGGUCGUCACCAACACGUUGCCUUGCGGUACAUCCCAACAACGGUCGAGGUUGCCACAACAACAACAACGGGAGACGGCGAUGGGGAUGCCAGCAAUAGCAACAGUGGCAGCAACAGCAGCGGCAGCAACACUGGCAACAACAGCACCAACACCAAUACUAGUACCGGCAACAUGAGCAACAACAGCACCACAGUCACUAAUAGUGGCAGCAAUGCUUCAAACAACGCAUCAGGGCAACCCACGGGUGCGGAUACUGUCACCUCGAGCUCCGGAGCCCCGGCCGGUUUGGACGCAAGUACCACCGCCAUUCCCGCAAAUCCUCCAGCCGCCUCAACGCGGCUGACGCGACGCACUUUUAGGUUGCUGCUCCGUGGUCUCGAUGCCAACGACGUGGAGCUUGAACGGCGGACGCUGCAUUGCCGAUCCCGCGUGUGUCAGUCACGCAUCAAGCUCUCGCGAAGCUCAAUCAACUUUGGCGAUUCGGAUGUUGGAACUGCUCAGAUGGUCGAUGUGCAAAUAACCAACUUGUCUGAUUUGCCGGCGCGCAUUCAAGUCCGGUAUCAGAGCAAGAUUAUCACAUGUCGCACGGACGUCAUUGUGAUUGCUCCUCGGCAGGUCCAGGACUUGCGAGUGGCCAUCUGUCCCCGGAAGGUCAAUCCAGAGUACCGCAAACAGAUCACCGUGUCCAAUCUUUGCAACCGUGAAGACAACCAAGUCCUGAGCAUUGCCUCCAAUAACGUUGAUCAGCACGGCGUUACCUUCCACUCGCUCUUCUACACUGUGCAGACUGGAUUCCCGAAGGGCGCCAUCCACUUUGAGAAUGUGGUGGUCAACAGCCCCGGCCUUCGCGUCAUGGUGAUUCGAAAUAUCACAGACAAGCCAGUGACCCUCCACCUCACAUCGACCUGCCCUGGAGACAUGGCGGCGUACAUUCCGGCAUCGCUUCCCCAACCUGUGGCGAGCGGACUGGCGGCAUCAUUUACCCCGUCCUUCCACAUUCCCGCACCGUCCAUUGAGGUGGCAGCCGCAGCCGCCGCCGCCUCCUCGGAGGCCAACACCCAAGGUCGCAAGGUUCCUGUUGGCACCGUUCUUGCCCAAAAGCCGCAGUCUGAAAAGAAGGAGCAGUUUCUUGAGCGGGUGGAGGCGCGCCGCGCGUUCUCGAGCAAACUAGACCGCGGUUUUUCGUCUCAGCCUUCUCAGCAAGCGUCGCAACAGCAACAGCAGCAGCAACAGCAGCAACAGCAACAGCAACAACAACCUUCACACAGCAGCAACAGCAACAACAGCAGCAACAACAGCAGCAGCAACAGCAGCACCAACACACGCCUGGAAUUGAGCAAUGCGACUACUACUUCACCGCAACCGACACCGUUGGAUGCUUCUCAAACGCUACCAUCCACGGCAACAGCAAUGGCUUUGGAUGGAAAUGCGACUGUGCUUGGUUUGCGGCGUGGUUCGGCAAGCCAGCGCUCCUCAUUCCGUCCGCCACCUCGAGACGCCGAGAUUGGGUAUCCUUUGAAAGCAUCUGCUACAAUUUCUGGCAGCGACCCUGCCUGGCAGCUCUUUUUCGAAGAACAUCGUCUGGCCCUGCUCGAUUCGACGAUCGAUUUGCACUCGACGCGGCUGAGCCGGCCCACUCCCUUGUCGGCCAUCGCCACCACAGCAUCCGAACCUUCUGUUACGCCCAUUGCACAGUACCUUGAUUUGGCGGCUCCCAUCGCCGCUAUUCGCAAGUACCAGGACGCCGGGACAAUCUCGCCUCGAACAUGGCUGCAUGAGCGAGCCGGGGACACGGACGACAAUUUUGCUGAUGAAGAAGAGUCUGGACGAUUGAGCGCCGGCAAGAGCUCGAGUACCAAGAAUCUGUCUACCGCCGACGACGCGCAGCUACUCCAACGACGGCUUGCCGCUCUCGCUGACGCUGUUGGGUCGACCGCCCCACCCGGUGAAUCAAGCGCUGGCACCACUGCCCGGACACACUCUGCCUUCUCCGCCCUUCCGUCUCGAGCCGCGAGCAGCGCAGCAACAGGCGCAGCAGCAGCAGCAUCAGCAGCAUCAACGUCAUCAGCGACAGGGGGAUCUGCUCAUGGAGGUCUGUUGCCUGAUUCGAGUGCUGUCUCCGAGGUGGAGGCCGCAAGCUUCAUGUCGUCUACACCUGCGUCCACCGCACCCUCGACCUUUGGUGCCAUGCCGGCCACUCGCACGCUUGAUGACCUGGCGAAAGACUUUGAAGAACGUGCAACCAUGGCUGGAACCUUCACCAACCCUUCUCUCGAGGAGGAAUACAUCCGCAAGCAGUUUGCACUGCGUCGCGAGCUGGAAAAGGCCGUGCAUGAUCGCCGUUUGGUUCGCUGCUCGUUUCUCGACAUUGCCCCAGAGUCUCGCGUGCGUGUCUUUGUCAUCUUCAUGCCGACCUCGCCCUCUCUUGUCGCAAAAGUGACUGGCAAACUCAAAAACGUCGAGGAAAAGAUUUUCAUUCGCUUGGUUCGUGCAGACACCACUCGUGUCUUGACCUCCUUCCGUCAGCCUAGCGCCCUUAUCGAGACGUAUUCUGGCAUUUACGAAACCGGCGGAAGUGCGGAAAAGGCUUCUCCGGGCAGUUCCGCUGCAGCAGCGCAGUCUUCUUCGGCGGCAGCUGCUCAUCACCAGCUCGCGAAUCUUGGAGCCACCGCGAAUGAAGCAUACGACAGCUUGAGCCUGCGCAUUGAUGGUCGCCCGUUGCCUGUUCGUGAAAUCCCGACGCACGCAAAGCUGUGUCGAUCGACCAUCCACGUCACACAAAAGCACAUCAACUUUGGCUCCCUGAUGCGGAACGAGCAGCGAGCCCGUUCCCUGCACAUUCUGAACGGCGCUUCAGUCCCCUUGCUCUACCGCAUCCAGCGAAAUGGGUCGGUUGCGUCGAGCGACUUGGGCUUCAGCGAAGGCCGUUUGGGCGUGAUUGUGCCGUUUGGCAGUCGAGAUGUGAACUUUGUCUUCCGCCCCACGAUGGCAGGUCGAUUUGAUGAGCCGGUGACCAUCGAGAACGUUCAAGAUCCGGCCAAUUUUGUGGUGCUGCAAUUCAAGGCGAACGUCAAGCGAGCCCCGACAUUCUCACUCAAGACGCGGCGCAUUGACUUUGGCGCGGUCAUGUUGAAUCUGCUUUCUCAGGCUCAUGAGGUCAUCGUGACCAACACGUCGACCAAACUGCGCACGUUCAAGAUCUCCUAUGAUUCGUCUCGAACGCAACAGGUCGUGCACCAACCGGCGGAUGAUAGUAAUGCCGCGGCCCCUGCUGCUUUGGUUCCAUCCUCCGCGUUCACGUCUCGCGUUUGGUUUGAAUUGGACCUUUCGUCUGGCGGUAUCAGGUUCACCAAGGAGACCGAGGAGCAAAUCGAACAGAUUGAGCAAAAGAUCAAGAUUGCUGCGACCAAGAAAAACACUGUCAAGGUGAAAAAACUGACGAGUAAACUCGAAAAGCUCAAGUUUGGGGACCAUCCGCCGCUCUCAACGCAGUCAUCCAUCGGCGGCAAUCACGAGGACGACAACGCCUCUGCCUCUGACGUCUUGACGGACGACGAGGACGACACCACGACCGAUUCGGGAACGCUGCCGCGGCACCAAUCUUCCGCUUCUCGGUCAGUCUCUGUUACUCCUUCCACGGGCCCUGCUCAUUCGUUGAAACCGCGGGUCGUUGAAAACGAGUUGAUUUUUGUGGUCGAGCCUGGACGAGUUCAGCGGGUGCUUGUGUACUUUCGUGUGGAGCAGCGGCGCGAUGCUUCCGCGUCCUCGCCUGUCACGUUUGUGGACGUGUCGUCAAGCUUGCUCGUCCACGAGCAGCGGAAUGCCGACGUGUACAAGGAAGUAUCCAUCAAGGCGAGCGCUUGUUCCACGUUGGCCAUUUUCACCCAGCGAGCGGCAGUCAUCCGCCGAACCGCCACAAUCGCUCUCGAUGUUUCUGCUCCCAGCUCUCCGCUCGAGUAUGCGAGUAGCUCGCACGCUGUGAAACCAACAGACGCCGGCUCUGGCGUGUCGUCGUCGCAGCCCCUGGCAGCGCGCAGCAUGUCUGGUUUGUCAGAGCGUGAUCCGUUGGAUUCCCGCGCUUCCCUCUACGACGCCGGCACCACCGCUUCAUCGUCGAAAUCGUCAUCCAUUUCGGCGUCGCCCGCGGGCGGUGUUUCGGCCCAAAAGGACGCAAUGUCCCCAGGCCCUUCUCCAAUCUCUCCGCAGCUGGCCUCCACGCCUGGCAGCUCCCCACACGCGCAAGCGAACACAACCCCGCUGAAUGCCCUCACCAGCGCUGUUCCUGCAGCAGACAGUUUGGGGCAAGAGCCGUUCACGCUCACUCCGUCGGCUUUAGGUACCGGCGACGUGCUUGUGCUUUCCCCGACAGAAAUCUCCCUUGGCGAAGUUGACGUGAACUGUCCCACGCAGUCGUCCUUCACCAUCACAAAUACGGGCAUGACGGAAGUUGUCUUUGUCAUUUUGGAGCGACGCGAUUACACCGCUUCCGCGAUUGCGCCGUCGUCUGGGCACUUUACCAUGUCGGCCUCAGCCACCCCGUCAGCUUGGUCGUUGCCUGCCUCGGCCCUGGCAUCCCCAAUCGGACCUUCUCCCCUGUUUUUGACGUCGUUCGGACAACUUGUCCCAACUUCACCCCCAGCCUCGAGUGCCGCUGCGAUUGCGAGCGCCAUUGCGACAAGUGCGGCCGCCGCGUCACCAGGGCUUGCAAGUGGCAUUGCUGGAAGCGUGGGUGGCGUCACAGGAAGCGCUGGCGGAUUUGCGUUGCCUCCUCUGGUAGCGGCCUCAAACAGCUAUAGCGUCCCACCUUCAUCCACUGGUGGUUCGGCAGUCUCGAAUAUGCCCACAGCGGUCGGCCCUUCCGGGUUCCGCUUUAGCACUCUGAAUGGCUCCAUUGCACCUGGGGAACAACGCGUCAUCUCUUUCACCUUCCGACCCCAGAUUGCAGGUCGUCAGCGCCAUGUUGUGAUCGUUCGCAACAUUCACUCCAAGACCGAGUCCAUCCUCACAGUGAACGUGACUGGUCGCCGUCCCCAGUAUCUUCGCUUCCCCGAGCUGAGCACUCUCGCAGGAGGUACCGUCGCCGAGACUGCCAAUCCCGCAUCGAGCACCCCAGCUUCGCUUGUCAGCUCGGACAACGACCUCGUGUUUGAUUGUGGUCUCUGCUACGUGGACCGAUCUCAGCGCUUUUCCAAGGUUUUGCCGCUCACCGUUCAAAAUUUGUCGUCCAAGCCGCUGGUCUUGCAAUUCUCAUCCAACCUGGCCAAGCAGAUUUUCUUUUUCGUCGAUGCUGCCGCGACCAUCCCGGCAGAGGAUGUGCCGUGUGCAGCAGAGGGCACGGUUGUUGUCCACGUUGCCAUCCAACCUCAGCUCAGCGAACAGGGCCGGGAGCAAGGCGCUUGUCGCGAGCUCAUUGGAGGCGUGAAAGUCAAAGCCUUCGAGUACACCCAACGCGGCGAACGCCCGCACAGCGCUCUGGAGCGCACGCCUUCUGGCGGAAGCGUCCCUCAAACACCAACUGCGAUUCAACUGCCCGGAGCAGCUUCCGCAUCGCCAGCAGCCAGCCUGGUCCUUGUGGUCGAAUCUGUCGUCAAGCUGCGCGCUGUUGUGGGCCAAAGCGUUGCCAGAACGUCGCAAAAUCUCCUCAACUUGGGCGUCGCAUCGGAACUGGGCACCGUGCUCUCCGGCACAUUUGUGCUCAGCAACGUUUCCACGCACCUUCCCCUGAGCUACGAGAUUGUUGCGCCGAACAACAUGACCGUUACCCCCGUGCAGGGAGUCCUCGCGCCUGCAGGCGUUGGUUACUCUGCAACUGGCUCUGCGAGCUCGAGCAACCUUGCUGGACUCCUUCCUGCUGCCGCGCAGCAGUCGGUUCUGCUCGAGUGCCGCUGCGACUCGUUUGGCUUUUACCAAGAGCGACUCCGCGUUGUCAAUCGUCACCAUCCUUCGCGUGAGUUGGAGAUUGUCGUUCGCUUUUUCGUGGACGAAGGGCUUGUGGACACGGACUUGCCUGUUGGCGACCACGGCGUGCAGCUGCUCGACUUUGGCAAUGUGUACAUUUGUCCCGAGGACGCUGUUGGCCUCACGCGCGGCAUGUCCAACCAAACCCCGUGGACGGUGCAACACCACAUCUCGACGGACUUGCCCGAGUUGUCUGCGCGGACUGUCCAUCGAUUCCAGACCUGCAUGCUGCUGAGCUCGCAGCCGGACGCAUACCGCUUGCGGCCGUUGACGGAUUUGAAUUUGCAAGUCACCACGGACUUUGGAAAGCUGACGUCCAGUGACGAGGAUGCCCUUCCACACCUCCAGCAGCUGCAAGGUGUGGCAGCCAAUGCGCUGGGUCAGACGGACGUGCGUCCGUGCGGGCGCACGUUCACGCUUGACGGGCUUUCUGCCCUGCCUCUGAAGGUGACCUAUCCACCGCCUCUCGAACUGAGCCGCAACAAGUGGGAUCGCAUUCUCGAGGGCGAGACGGUCGAGUACUAUGGCAUCUUGCUGCUCGAGCGAGUGGGACUGGACGCGAGUGGGCCACAGACGCCCGGAGCCCUGCGCUCUGCUGCUGAAGACUCGGCUCCUCAAGAGGCCGAUCCAAUGGCCUCCGCUUUGCCACUCGAUUCCGCUGCGGCGCACGCCUCCACGGCCGACCGCAUUGGACGGCAGAUGGUCAAGGUCAUUGAACUGCAUUGCCAGUUUGCGCUUUCCGUCGGUCGUAUCGAACGGCCCUCCGUCCAUUUGGGCGUUGUCGGGUACCGCAAUGCUUGGAAACCGGUCGACUUUUACUUUGUUGUGAGUAAUCUCUCGGCCGUUCCGUUGUACUAUCGAAGUGGGCCAAUCUCCUCGUGCAUUACUGUUGCAGACUUGGACACCAAGUCGAACGGGGUCGGAUGCAUUCCGGCCAAGUCCUCUCGCCGAUUCGAGGCAACGCUCCAUCCACGUUUGAUCGCCACAGAGCGUGCUGGUUCCCAGCACUUUUCGAUCUCGCUCGUCAACUUGAACAAUCCCCACAACGCCAUGCAGCUGUCCGUCGUUGCUCAAGUCACGCAUUUCGAGUUGAAUUUCGGGCAUCUCAGCGCGACCGAGCCGCGUACCAUGAGGCUCCCCUCUGUGGCCAUUCCCGCCGUCACCGAUGCGGCCGUCUGUGAAGAAUGGAUUUCCGUCCAAAACAGCGUGCCGUCCGACGAGAGCGUCAAGUUUAGCGUUUGGUGCGAGCUUUUGGAGCCGCUCCGCGAUUGCCUUGAUGCGCAGCUCCUCUUCCGCUUAUCGACCCGGACCGUCAGUGAAUUUUCCCUCGCGACUGGUGAAUAUUUAGAGAUGCGCGUGCGGGCUACCGCUCGCUCCAGUCACCGCGCGCCGACUCGCGCUCUGCUGGACGCAGCUCGAUUGGCUUGCGAGGUGGAGCGUAAAUCCGCUGGUCUUGCCAUGCCAAUGUUGCAAGACAACGAGUUGGUCAUCGGUUUCCUCAAGUUCCGAUCCGUUCAUGCGGAUGCGAUCGAUUUGCUUCCCGCCGUCAGUGUCUGCAUUGUUGGGUCUUUCGCGGCAAGCAAAACGCUCCUGUUAGCGCCCACCGCGCUCCAGCUUAUUGCCCGCCCCCUCGACUAUUCCGACGAAUCCAACUCGUCCUCCGAGGGACAUUCAUCCUCGGACGACCACGACGACGAGAACGGCUCCGAUUCCGACCAGGACUUUGGAGACGAGCGACAGCCAUUGCAAUUUGUGAGCGACUUGUAUGACGAUCUGCCAACAGGCUCCACUUCCAACCGACAACGGCGGCACGGUCUAGACCGGCGGACACGACGGGAAGAGCACAAGACACGCAAGCCACGGCGACAGCAGCCAAUGUUGGUCCCAGCCAAACAAAUUGAAACGGUUGUGCUGCGCAACCCUUGCGUCAACACGUCCGUGUUGUUCAGGACGGGUCGCAUUCUCGUCAAGGGCGUCAACCAGCAACCAGAUCAACGUCAGCAGUCCUUUGACGGCAGCGACAGCGCAGUCAGCCCUGCGAGCGACGCUGAGGAUUCCGAAGCCAACCACCUCCUUCUUGUGGAGCCAUCGAGCGGGGCUAUUCCACCCGGCGCCACCAUGACGUUGACCGUCCGACUGAGCGAUGAUUUUGACAUUGAGAGCUCAUUCGUGGUUGAGCUGCAAGUGCUCGACGUGCAUCCUGACACGUCGUUCGCGGCCGUCCUUGAAGUCGAGAUUGUGGCCCACAGUGAUGCAGUGGCAUCUCGCCUUCGGUUGCAGCAUUCAUUCGACUAUGACGAUGACGUCGACGUCAACAAUCGCCUCGCGCUGCUUGACCGAUCCGGCUCUGGCUCUGGGUCGAGUGAGCCUGGCGUGGCUCCAACAAGAGCGACCACCGACGUGGCAAGCCAACCACGCCGCUCGCUCAAGCACGAGCGCAUGUCGGCCUUGUUUGCCCUCGGCGGUUCUGGAGGUUUCCAUUCCGAGCCUUCUGCGCUUUUGGUGGCAUCUCACCCCUUGGUGCUGUCCAACCAGCUGACCAUGUGGCAGCAGCGUGGUCAGGAGCAACAGCCGUACGACGGUUCGCCUAUAAACCACCGUUCAUCUGCCCCAACGCGGCGUGCUUCGUCGGCAGGACGCAGCAGUGGCAUGUCCAGCGAUUCGAUGGACGAUUCCAACUCAUUCCUUCUAGGGCGCACACAGUCGGUGCACUCUGUGAUUGCUGAAGAGGAUGGUGCCGCAAUGCUCUCGACCUCGCCGUCCUCUGGCGCAGGCACGUCGCUCUCACCGGGAGCCUUUGUGUCUCGGCUGUACUCGAGAAAGCACACGCGAUCGUCAUCGUCCUCUGCCUUGAUGAUGCCCCUGAACCAGUCCGCGCGCCCGGACGGCGAGCUGGCUUCCUCACCAGGAAGUGCCGACCUGCUGCCUUUGCGCGCGAGCGGGGUCGAGUUGCUUUACUCGCGACGCGAUCCUCUGGAGCUUUGUGCAACCUUCAUCAUGCUCCAUCGAUGUGCUCCAGUGAUGGAAACCCACGUCAGUCAGUUCACAUCAAACUUUGAGCUCGACUUGGGCCAACUGCCUUGGGACAGUGGGUCUGUUCAGCGCGAGUUUGUUCUGGAGAAUUUGUCGUUUGAGCGCGUCGAGUAUCGCCUGCGGCUGCUUCGUGCGGAGGAUCGCCAGUGGCUCUCCCUUAGUCGAGUCGAAGGCGUCCUGGCUCCCAACUCGUUGCGCUUGACAUCGCAAGACGCAUCGCACACGGUCAGCAUCACCGUGUCGACCUCGCGGCCUGGAGUGCAGACCACGUUUAUCGUCCUGGACAACUUGACCAACACCCAAGACUUGAAAACCAUCCGCGUGACUGCCGAGGUUGUCUUUGCCCUGGUUCAACAGACGGGCAAAGCUCAAAAGGCGCUGGCCGCGCCAGGUGUCAGUGGCGCUUCUGCCAACAGCGUACAGCCAGGCGCAGGCACCGCAUCCGGCUUGGAAUCAAAGUCGUCAACGAGCGCCGUCCCAGUCGGUGCUGGCGGUUUGGGCAGCAGCAACCUCGCAGGCCCAGCUGCCGCAUCCUCAUAUUCCGGCGCAAGCAUGUCCGGAGUCGUUGCUGUCGGUCCCAGUGCGAUGGCUGUGCUCUUCCCUGCUCUGCCGUCCGGCAUGGGCAGCCCAGCGGCGGCAGUCACCAUGUCAACAUCAACAACGAGCACUGCACUCACGCCUGCUGUGUCCAGCAGCUCGAACAUGUUUUCUCAUCCUCUGGCUUCAGCGAGUGUACCCCACAACAACGAUGAUGUUGCCUCCCCCAUCUUGUUGCAUGGCUCGAUACCAUCGUUAGAAGACGUUUCGACGCCAAACACGCUUCUUUCAGCGUUCGGCAUCGCUCUCGCCGCUAACGAUCCAGGCGCGCCAGCAAAUUCCACGUCGUUGUCUGGGUCAGCUUCUGCCCAGUCGUCCUUGCCCAAUAGCUCGCUUCUUCAUUUGUCUCCUGACGCUCUGUUUACCAUCACUGUCGAGGGAUUGGAUAACGGUCCUGCGGUCAUCAACCUCGGCGAUGUGUUCUACGGCCACACGUACAUGUCACGCUCCUUUAUCAUCCAAAAUCGCUCGGCCCUCCCGCUCGAGUUCCUGCUGUCGUCGAAUUUGCCCUCUGAUGACCCCACAGAGCUGGUCUUAUCACUCGCUCGCUUGUCACCAAAGCUGUGCAAAACCGUUACCGUCGAUCCGCAAAGUUUCGUGACCGUCUUUGUGCAUCUCUUCCCGCAAUCGCGUCAGACUGUCGAUCCUUCUUCUGCAAGUUUCAACGAAGGCAUCUGGCGUCAAAUUGAAAUUUCCAUCAACUGCCGGCUGAUCAAAAACUUCCAGCGGGUCGUGACGGUUCAGGCCAUGAUGCGACACCCUGCGUUCUACAUGCCUGACCGCAGCUGCUUCUUCAAGGGCCGAAUCAACACCGCCGGUGGCAGUGAUGCCUUUGCCAUCGAUCCUUCGACAACGAGUCUCAUUUUGGAGAAUCGUGCCUCUUCUGCAGUUGGCUGUAUCAUUCGCAACGACACCAUGUAUUUUGAUGUGUCGCUCCGCAACGAGUCCGCGGCCGUUCCCAUGAAUCGUGUCUUGAUGCAUUCGCUCGAGUCCAACUCGCUUUACAUGCUCUGUAUCACGUUGAAGCUGGACACCAUCCGCGCCAAUCUUCGGCAGAUCAUGGCCGAAAAGUACUUGUAUGAACACAUCACCAUCUACAAUCGGCGCCGCUCCACGGAAAAGUACAUCAUUUCCCUGCGUUUGGCAUUCGGUCACUUUUCCCAGUUCCAUCGAGCACCGGGUCCUCGCAACUCGCACCUGUACUCGAGCCUGGAAGAGCACGUGGUCCGGUUUGUUGCAGCAUUCAACUCGCAGCUUCGGCCCAUUCUGCAUCUUUGUGAAACCGACGUGAGCACCACGUCCGACCGCGCGACCGCUCAAAUGUCCCGCAACCUUGCCACGUCCAUGAAUGUGCCUUCCUCCGGCACCAGCGCGUUGAACAAGUCUCGGACUGGCACAUCCCCACGUCCCAGCUUCACUUCUCUGGACCAGUUCCAGCUCCAGCUUUUGCACGAGUCGCUGGAAGAGCAACUUCUCCUCGAUUACGUGUACAUUGUGGACGAGCUCGUCUUCACUGGCCUGAAUAGCUUCUCGAUUCACUUCUUGUUCCAGCUCGCAACGCUGCUGUUCAGUCUGUUGCUCGAUCAAGAGGUGUUUACUGCACUGGGCCCAUGCGCGCUGACUCACGGCGCCAGCGGACGUCGAUGGCCCCCUCACCUUGCCAAAUGGGUGGAUGGACUUCGUAUCUUCCUCACCUACUUCCCGUCCCAGGUGGAUGCCGUCGCUCCAUUGAGGCAGCUGGCCCGGCGUCUGAUUGCCAGUCCGUCAGCUGCCGCCACGCCCUCAGCGCCCUUGUCAUCUUCAGCUCAUGUGUCUCACAGUAGUGCUGAUGGUUCCUCGACCACCCGUUGA